ACCCCCACCCAGCAGCAGAGGUGCCAGGUCCUGCUGAGCCACUGAUGGCCACACCCUCUUGCACCAUGCCUCUUCUUGCAUCAGGAUGAGAGUGUGUCCUAGAUGUCACACAGAGGCAUAUGAUCCCACCCUCUUUCCCAUUCCUCACCAAACUUCUCUGGCUUGUCAGCAGACUUGGAAAGCAAGGAAAAGCCAAGGGAGCCCAGCUUCAUCUUCAUUGAGAGUCAUGGGCUCAUGACAGAGGAGCACAGAUGGCCACUUCCUGGUCAGGGACUCUGACCUCCACUCACACUCCUCAACUCUAACAACUUACCCAAGUUCUGGCUCUGUGGACAUGGAUGCUACCAGCCCCAGGCAGGCUUCUAGCUAUGUUCCCAGGCUGGCUGGCUCUCAUCUUCUUGUCUGUGCUGAGCUUGGAUACCCAGGCCUUCAACAGCAAGCUUGUCAAGUGCUUUGAGGAUCCCCAGUAUGAAGAGCUGCUGCAGCUGGCUCGAAAUGGACUGGGACAGACAGCUGAGAGGAAGCAAGUGGUGGUGAUUGGUGCAGGCAUGGCUGGGCUCACUGCUGCCAAGAUCUUGCAGGAUGCUGGCCACCAGGUGACUGUCCUGGAGGCCUCCGGGCGUGUAGGUGGCAGAAUCGAGACUCACCGAGUUCCUGGAGCACACUGGUAUAUAGAGCUGGGUGCCAUGAGGAUCCCUAUCAAUCACAGGCUUUCUCAUGAGUUCGUCAAAAAAUUUGGGCUGAUGCUAAAGGAAUUCUGCCCUUGCAACAACCAGACCUGGGUACUGGUCAACGGAGUUCGGCAGCGCUCGGGGGCAGUGCAGGCCGACCCCGGCCUGCUGGGUUACUCAGUAAGAGCUGAUGAGGUGGGGAAGACGGCAGAACAGCUCUUUGAUGCUUCGCUGAGAAAGAUCGUGGAAGAGCUGAAGAACAGCAGCUGCCAGGAGGUCCUAGAGAAGUAUGACUCCUUCUCCACCAAGGAAUACCUGAUCAAGGUGGGGAACCUGAGCCGAGGGGCUGUGCAGAUGAUUGGAGACAUGCUGAACACAGACUCUGGUUACUAUGAGGCCUUUACAGAGACCCUGCGUGGCAUCAUCUCCUUUUUCCAAGAGCCCCGGUUCGAUGAAAUUGUUGGAGGCUUUGACCAACUCCCCCAGGCCCUGCACAAUUCUCUCCUUCCAGGGACUGUCUGGUUCUACUCACCAGCAGAGGAAGUGGAGAUGUCUGGAGACUGUGUUCACGUUACCUACAGGACACCUGACCCUCUGCAGCCCAGGGCGCGGCUGACAGCAGAUUUUGUGGUGGUGGCCACCACUGCUAAGGCUGCCCGCCUCCUUCGAUUCCAGCCACCACUCUCUCUCAACAAGCAGGAUGCUCUGCGCUCCGUUCACUACAAUAGUGCUACCAAAGUGAUCCUGGCCUGCACACAGCGUUUCUGGGAACGAGACGGCAUUGUCAGUGGCAAAUCUAGCACCGAUCGGCCUUCACGUUUCAUCUACUAUCCCAACCACAUCUUCCCCAAUGGUGCGGGGGUCAUCCUAGCAUCUUACACCCUGGAUGAUGACUCUGUGUUCUUCACAGCCCUGGACCACACUCGGGUAGUGGACAUUGUUCUGGAUGACCUAGCUGCUAUUCACAAUCGCCACAAAGAUGAACUCCGUGCUCUCUGUCCUUACUCCACAAUCAAGAACUGGAGCCAAGACCCUUAUUCCAUGGGUGGCUUUGCCUUCUUCACCCCCUACCAAUAUGUGGACUAUGCCCAGGAACUCAGCCAGCCAGAAGGACUGGUCUUCUUCGCAGGUGAACACACAGAUCUGCCCCAUGGCUGGAUCGACACUGCUAUCAAGACAGGACUCAGGGUGGCAAAGAACAUUCAGGAAUCUGUGGACUUGGCUUUGACAAGGAACCCCAGAAAUACAAAAAAACACUUCUCCAAAAGUGAGCUGUAAACAACUCUAUGGGCCCCAGGAACUACGGGGAUUCCAAACAAGCUUGUCCAUCAGGACAUGGUUCAAAACCUACUCUCACCCAUCUUUGCCUUCGCUCAGAGACCUGACCUGAGACCCAUGACUGGAGCCCCAAGAUGACUGCCUGUGACCUUGGAUUUAUGACAGGAGCUCAGCAAGAACUUGUGGCAUAGAGAAUAUAAACAAUAAAGUUGAAGUCAACCAUCA